AUGUCAUUGCCUGCCGCACUCCAUCCGCCAUUUAAGGUCAAAGCGCACUAUUCGUGGUCUGGAGAGGCUCGUGGUGACUUAGGAUUCCUCGAAAAUGAUAUCAUACAGGUAACAAAAAUAAAGGGCGACUGGUUUUUCGGUACAUUGCUAAGAAACUCUAGAAAAUACGGCUAUUUUCCGAAUAAUUUCGUCACCGUCAUUGAAGAAAAGUACAACGAGUUCAAGUCUUCACCGACUCCACCACAAAGUACAGAUUCCUCAUCGUCUUCGUUGAAUCAGCUGCGUCAAACCCUGCAAACUCCAAGUCGACAUUCAGAGACAACGCCUUCUACUUCCGUACGCAGGGAAAAAAAAAGUUCCCCCACGUCUUACGCACAUUCUAAAAGCCGUUCAUACAGACAUUCACAUACAGAUCGUUUGCCGCAAUCGUAUUCCACUUCACAUUUGGUGUCAAAACAUCAUGCCACUCCACCUACAGAUCAUAUUAGAAGCCGCACGGAUUACAGUAAGCGAGACUCAAAUGCACAAUUGUCUGCGAGAAGAAGUCAUGAUUUACCACCGUUACCGCCUGUCCCAAGGCUUAAAGAAAAAUUGAGUUCGAAAACUUCGGUGCCGAAAUCAUUUUCUUCCAACGAUCUGCCGGACACGGCUGCAGAUGUAGGAUUGGCCACAAGAUUGUCCAAUUACCGGGCUAGCGCAGACUUUUACGAUGGACUAAGCCCCAGGGAGUCUCUAAGUGGCUCGUCGUCGAAUGUAUUCUCCCAUUCUCAGUACAUGGCCGAUUCGACCGCUAGCAGUGCAGACAGUUUUGCUUUGAUGAGUGAUUUCAGUGCAACAAGUGCAGGAAGUUUCGCAAGACAUAGAUUCGCAAAGUCGUUUAGUGAUUCGGUGCAACGGUCGCAUUUAGUCGCUGAAGAAGGACUAACCAGAUCCAAGAAUGCUUCCACUAGCCCGAGAAAGCUUAAUAACAUUCUCAAAAAGUUCGUUUCCAAAGGUGGAGAGGGUUCUUCACCAAGCUCGCCGACGGAGGCAUUUCCAAAACUGCCAGAUCUUGCUUCCUUACAACUUGACACAUCACAUAACGAUGCACACGGCUGGGUUGAAGCAAAAGCUCAUCUUCACAGAGCGCAGACUCUUAAUUCGAAAGAACGUCACGAAAGGCAGAUGCUUGCUCUUGAAGAGAAUCGAGAUCUCGUGCUGCACCCUCAAGAAUACAUUUUAGAUGAGAUCACUACUAAUGAAGUCAGACACAGAAGACAGCCUGGUCUUGUUGAUAUAGAGUUGAACUGUAUCGACAAGGAGUUCAUUGCCGAGGCUAUUAAAAACAAAGCUAAAAAAGGAGGUUCGUCAUCGAUUGAAAGUUUUGCUCGCCAGAUCUUUACAUCAUCAUACAAAAGUCAGAUCGAAAUGCUGUUCGCCAUCUUUAUCUUCUGCACCGAAACAUUUGCUUUAAUAGACGACCACGGUCAAACUGAUUUUGGAAAGGAGCCCGUACACCUGAGUAAAGCGCUUCACAAAGCGUAUUGUACUCCAUAUGAACUUACUUGGAUUUUCAAACGAAUGGCGAAUGCGCUUGGCGUGGUCUGCGAAAUCGUUAUUGGUUUUUUGAAAACUCCAGGAUCUGAAAAUACACACUUCAAAUACAAUCAUUGCUGGCUCCGCGUUUUGGCCGAUGAAGAAUGGAGAAUGGUAGAUGUUAUUCUAGGAAAUAUGACGAACCCCAUUUACGAAUACAUCAAUAACUGUAAAGCUGAUCACGCAGAAGCUUUUUAUUUCAUGAUGCAACCGCUCCAAAGCAUAUACACACACGUUCCUAGACUGUACCAAGAACAGCAUAUCAUUCCUAUUGUAGAUCAAACAAUCGCAUUAAGUCUGCCCGUGGUGUUUCCAUCAUUUUUCCACAACGAGCUUAAGCUUUACAAAUUUAGCAAUGGCCUAACCAAUUUACAGGAUAGUCAAAUUUACGAGUGCACCGUUUCCAUACCAAAUGAUGUCGAGCUGUUUUCGUCUGUUGUCGUCGAAGAUUCAUCCAAGCAGCAACAUUACGAGAACAUGAAUCUUUCGCUUGUACAAAUCAAGCAUCGCAAAAAGGAAAGACUUGCAGUGGUCAAAGCCAUUUUACCACCGGGGACGUCGCGGGGGGUGCUUCAUAUCCAUUCUGGCAUAAAAGGCACGCAGACCACUCUAGUAAACAUUCAUCCGCUCUCAUUUAUUAUUCCGCUCGAGCAUACGGGUACUUGCAAGCCCUAUGAGUUUUUGACCCGUAUUCCUGCCAAAGGUUUGCAGAAAGUUGACACGUACGUUAAAGUGCCGCAGAACAAGUAUCUAUUCGCUAAAAACGAAUACAAUUUCGAAGUCAUACAGCACCCUUGCGAUGGUGUAAUAUAUGGCUCGCCAGGUUUCAGCAAAUUGUCUAAACAUGCGCUAGCAGUGCAAGCUCCAUCAGGAAGAGUUCACUUGAUGCGCAAGAGCGAUCCUAAUUUUGAUUACGGGACUUGGGAAAUAUCGGUAGACGCGAAAGACAUGGAACCUGGGACAUGGACUGGUCUGGCCACAUCAGAUGCAGGUGCAGGUUGGUGUUGUUUUGCGGAGUGGAAAUGCUUAUAG